GUCGGGCCGCCGUGCCGCCAGGCCGACGGUUCCAGCGCGGCCUGGUGCUGGGAGGGACGUGCGCCGUGGCGGAGCGGAGGACCGAGGCGCCGCGGCCUGAGAAAUAGCUAUUCAAGAUGCUACCUUUGUGGACUAGGAUAAUACAAGCCUCAUUUAUUUUCCUCACCGCUGAAUCUUUAGAUGCACUUCUAGAUCCAUGUGGCUAUAUCAACCCUGAAUCUUCAGUCAUACAACUUGGAUCGAAUUUCACUGCAGUUUGUAUACUAAAGGAAAAGUGUAUGGAUAAGUUUGCUGUAAAUGGUGAUAACAUUUUCUGGAAAACAAACCAUGCUGCUGUUCCUAAGGAACAAUAUAAAACCAUAAACAAAACAGCAUCUCGUGUAACCUUUACAAAUGUAUCUUUCUUAAAUACUCAACUUACUUGCAACAUUUAUAUACUGGGACAGAUUGAGCAAAAUAUUUAUGGAAUCACCAUCAUUGCAGGCUUGCCUCCAGAGAAACCUGAAAAUUUGAGCUGUAUUGUGAAUGAGGGAAAGAAUAUGAUGUGUCAGUGGGACCCUGGAAAGAAAACAUACCUGGAAACAACCUAUACUUUAAAAUCUGAAUGGGAGCGACGUCAAAAUGUGCUGAGAGAAAGGGCAACAGAGUCAUUUCCUGAUUGCAAACCAAAGCGUGACACCCCCAACUUAUGUACUGUUAGUUAUACUCCUGUAUAUUUUGUCAACAUGGAAGUCUGGGUGGAAGCAGAGAAUGCCCUUGGGAAGGUUAUGUCAGAUCAUCUUGAAUUUGAUCCCAUAAAUAAAGUGAAGCCCAACCCACCAAGUAAGUUAUCAGUCAGAAACGCAGAACUGCCUAGCGUCUUAAAUUUAUCAUGGACCAAUUCAAAUUUGGAGCACUUCUUAAGACUGAAAUACAACAUUCAAUAUCGGGCCAAGGAUGCCCCAACAUGGAGCCAGAUUCCUCAUGAAGAUACAUCAUAUACUCGAGAUUCAUUCACAGUCCAGGACCUUAAACCUUAUACAGAGUAUGUAUUCAGGAUUCGUUGUAGUAAAGCCGAUGGCAAGGGAUUCUGGAGUGACUGGAGUGAAGAAGCCAGGGGGAUCACUUAUGAAGCCCGACCAUCUAAGGAGCCAACGUUCUGGUAUAAGAUAGAUCCAUCCCAUACUCAUGGCUAUAGAUCUGUAAAACUGAUAUGGCAGACAAUGCCUCCUUUUGAAGCCAAUGGAAAAAUCUUGGAUUAUGAAGUGACGCUUACAAGAUGGAAAUCUCACCCCCAAAUUUACAGAGUUAAUGACACACAACUGAUAGUAAACCUGACAAACGAUCGCUAUACAGCAAGUCUGACAGCACGGAAUUUGGCUGGCCACUCAGACGCUUCUAUCUUAACUAUCCCUGCUUGUGACUUCCAAGCUUUCCAGCCUGUAGCGGAUCUAAAGGCAUUCCCCAAAGAUAACAAGCUCUGGGUUGAAUGGACCCCUACUGAUGGGUCUGUAAAGAGAUACAUCCUCGAGUGGUGUGUGUGGUCAGAUAAACUGCCCUGUACCCCAGACUGGCAACAAGAAGACAGCACUGUGCACCUCACAUAUAUAAGAGGAAACCUCAUGAAGAGCAAAUGUUAUUUGGUAACAGUGACUCCAGUAUAUGGUGAUGGACCAGGAACCCCUGAAUCCAUAAGGGCAUACCUUAAACAAGCUGCACCUUCCAGAGGACCUACUGUUCGGACAAAGAAAGUGGGGAAAAAUGAAGCUGUCUUAGAAUGGGAUGAACUUCCUGUUGAUGAUCAAAAUGGAUUUAUCAGAAAUUACACUAUACUUUAUAAAACUGCCUUGGGAAAUGAAACUGCUGUGAAUGUGGAUUCUUCGCACACAGAGUACACACUGUCUGCUUUGACAAGUGACACGUUGUACAUGGUACGGAUGGCAGCGUAUACGGAUGAAGGUGGGAUGUAUGGUCCUGACUUCACUUUUACUACUCCAAAGUUUGCUCAAGGAGAAAUUGAAGCCAUAGUCGUGCCUGUUUGCUUAGCAUUCCUAUUGACAACUCUUCUGGGAGUAUUACUCUGCUUUAAUAAGCGAGACUUCAUUAAAAAACAUAUCUGGCCCAAUGUUCCAGAUCCUUCAAAGAGCCAUAUUGCCCAGUGGUCUCCUCACACCCCUCCAAGGCACAAUUUUAAUUCAAAAGAGCAAAUGUUUCCAGAUAACAAUUUCACUGAUGUAAGUGUUGUAGAAAUAGAAGCAAAUGUCAAAAAACCUUUGCCAGAAGAUCUGAAAUCAUUGGACCUCUUUAAGAAGGAAAAAAUUAGCACCGAGGGACACAGCAGUGGCAUUGGAGGGUCUUCGUGCAUGUCAUCAUCCAGGCCAAGCAUUUCCAGCAGUGAUGAAAAUGAAUCUGGACAGAACACUUCAAGCAAUGUCCAGUAUUCCACUGUGGUACAUAGCGGCUACAGACACCAGGUUCCAUCGGUUCAAGUCUUCUCAAGAUCUGAGUCUACCCAACCCUUGUUAGAUUCAGAGGAGCGGCCAGAAGACCUCCAGAUAGUAAAUAACGGAGACAGUGGUGGUGAUGUAUUGCCCAGGCAACAGUAUUUCAAACAAAACUGCCAUCAACCUGAAACCUGCCAAGAUGUUCCACAUAUUGAAAGGUCAAAGCAAGCUUCAUCACUCACUGAGGAAGAUUUUGUCAGAUUUAAACAGCAGCCAACUCCAGACCAUAUUUCACAGCCCCGUGGCUCUGGGCAAAUGAAAGUGUUUCAGGAAGUUGCUACAGCAGAUGUUUUCGGUUUAGGUACUCAAGGAGAAGCAGAGAAAUUGGGGAUGGAUGAAGGAUUGCCUAAAAGUUACUUACCACAGACUGUAAGACAAGGUGGCUAUGUGCCUCAGUGAAAUACUGUUCCCUGCUACAACUUCAUCAGGAGCCAUAACACAAUGCUGAAAGUACUUUACCUGUCAUUUCAGAUGAAAAUAGCAUCCACUCACUGAAGAUGAUCACUUCCCUCAAGGACAGAAAGUACACUAUGCUCUCAGUGGGCUAUCCCCUUUCCAGACUCUCGGGUUACUUUAAGCACUACAUGAACUGACUUCCUCCCCUGAAUAGCUGGAUGGCUCUGGGCUGUUUCAGGACGUUUGCACUGAAGAAAAGUGGAAAGAUUGCCUUUUUGUUUUGCUAGAUAGAAAAAAAGGAUCAUUAAGUAAUAAGCAGCAGAAUACUUAGUGAUUACAGCUAUAUAUAUUUUGCUUAAUAUAAUCAUCAAGUAAAGUAAUGGGGAUAUUUAAUAUGAAAAACUAAGGGGAAAAGUCUAAAAUCUUCAGGUUGACAACAUGAUUUAAAAAGGAUUUAUAGUCUGAACAACAACAACAACAACAACAUCUUGGCAGAUUAUAGAAAUAAUCCUUAAAAUAUUACAUAAUCAAUAAUCAUGAUUUUAAGUUUUUCUCUAUUUUUAGUAGGCAUGUGUUUCAGAACCCAUUUUCACAAACUCAGUAGAACGCCCAAAUUGAAAAAUGAAUUUCAGCAACUAUCCUAAGAAUUUUUAAAAAAAAUAAUAAUUUGCCACUUUUAAAGGACUAACUGUAACAUGUUUCUAUACAAAAUUAUUGACCCUUCCCACAAAAGCUUCUAUUGACAAAAUCCAACAUGUACUUGCAGCUUCAAAUGUGUUGGAACCUGUAGAGAAUGCAGUGUCACUAGUGCCGCUCACCAGCCACAGGAGUGCUGUAGACCCACUACAGGGUUCCUGUGCAGGCCCCUCACUCACUCACCCAGAAGUGAAUGCAUCACUCUUGAGAACUCGAGCGAGCGGGGGAAGAGGAAGGCCCUCAAGGAGCUGCGAGAAUGGGCUCCAGCACAGGAAUAAUUGUGAGGAUGGAACACGACCGGGCAGUGCUUCACUCGGUGUAUCGGGUCGUUACGGGUCAGAACUGACUCCCUGGCACCGAACAGCACUAGUACGGAGCACACAUCUUUGCCCUGUAGAGAAAAGCAGUCAUGAAACUGGUUUUAAACCCCGAAUUAUUUUCCUUGAGCAUGUCUCAGAAUAGCCCAUGUUUUACUGCAUGUAUUUUAGCUAGGCCAAGGAACAAAUAUGGUGGGUUUUUUGGAGUCCACAUGUAAGUUAGUACAUUUGCUGUUCUUUAAAACGUAAAUAUCCCCACAUGUUGUCUUUGUUUAAAGUUAGGGCAACACAUCAGAAAACAACCUUUCUGGGAAAACGAUUUCAUGGCUUCUGAAGUCCCCUUGGAGGCCAAAGGGAAACUAACCCAGCAUGUGUUGUGGGGUCUGUCUUUGAUGGGCCAUCCUUACCUGUCACCUAAAUCAGGGAAACCACAAAACUGCAGACUUCCUGCCCGCCCAGAACUAAACUUUUGAUCCUCUUAUGGUUUUUUAACACGAAUCAUACAAAAUAUUUCGAGGACAAGCAGGGAGGAAACAGUCAUUUCACCUCUGCUCUCUGCCUGAUUGUUUUAGAUCUGCCCUUCCCUGUUCAGGAGUUUUGCCCAUGAAGCCAGCAGUGUCCCUAGGGCUUCUUGUGAAGUUCAAGAUGAACACCGCUGAAGCUUAUUCAGGCUCACUACUCAAGGGGAUAGUCUAAAAUAGCUCUAGACUAAGCAAAUAGCAUUUUACAGGAUCUUUUUGUUUUCCUAUACAGUGAACUCAAAUAAAAUUAUGACAUCAAUGUAAACCAAUUAUAUAGUAGCAUUCCCUAAGCUAUUGUUACCUGGCCUGUAAUGAUUGAGCCAAACAAGCAGGAGAACAACCUCUCCUGUCACAGGCCACCUAACUCUUCGCAUCUGCUUUUGUUCAGCCGAGCAGAAUUUUAAACCACAUGUACACUAAACUGCAGUUAUAAUAUAUAUUUAAUCUAAAAAACUGUUUGCAUUUUAGAAUACUAAUGUUUUAGCAUCGGUUUAUUGAAUAAAGUGUCCAAGUAGUAAGCUACUUAAAACUUCAAGUGAAAAGCUAAAAGAUAGACUUGAGUUAUCUAUUAUACUGAGUGUAUACUUUUAUUGUAAAUUAAGAAAACCAACAGCCAUAAAGUGCAACUUAUUUAGGGUUAGCAUGUUUCAGAGGAGAUCUAAACUAGCAAACCUACAGCCUUAUUCUCGGGACUGGUCCUCCCCAGCAGUUCCUCUUCAGUCUUUAUUCCCAGAAAGGAGGCCCAUGGAAGACCAUCAGGCUUUCCUUAGCAGUGCUUUUUAAUUUUUACUUUUCUAUUGCGUUGUAAGUAAAAUGUUAAAAUUUUUAAAAUAUCCACAGCCAAAUGUAAUGUCAUUUGAGUCGGUCUCUUUUCCCAUCAUAUAUGCUAUCAAUAUGUGUCCCUUGUGCAAAUGAUGGUGAUCCAGUAUGCAUUGCAUUAAAAAGUAGCUCAGCGUGAACUCCUCUGUUAUUAGCCCUACAUAGCCAAGGCUUUCCCCAGUCAGUAGUUCCCUCCAGCUGGUACAUUUCACUUGAUUUCAUUAAAGCUAGUAGAGACAGUUAAAGUUCCUUUAAGGCAAUAUUGAUAUUUCAGAGCUUUUAUCCUUUGAACUGAAUUUGUUUGAGUGAUAACUGCAUGUUUCAGAUGCUAUUCCAGGAAUACCACAAUAUAAUGUGUUAGACAAAGAGGAAUUUUAAAGCUGGAUCUGAAAAGUCUUUUGUUUUAAUGUGUAUGUAUAUUGAAUAAUAUGCUCAAAUUUGUAACUCAGUAGGACUACAAUAGAAUGAUUGGUGUUUGAUGCAUAUGUCUAUUUUGCCCUUCUCUGUCCCAUUUCCUCUUAAAUAUUGUACUUUAACGUCCACUCACUAUUUUAUUUUACCCCCACUUAUCCUCACUUCCUCAGGAAGGCUAGUCUAGAAUGUUGUGUAUAUAUUUACCUUUGCAGUGAAUUGCAUGUACUAAAUGUAAUCAUGACUCCUGUUUAUGUUGUCACUACAUAUUAUCGUAAAAUUCUUUCAUAUAUCAGGUUUAAUCCUUCAAAUUUAAGAAAUAAAUAAUUAUUCUUCA